GAACGAAACUGUCUUCUGUGUCCUCUCCUUCCCGCAUUCAGGUGAGCGUUCCUGUGAAGUUCAAUGGCGCAUCAGGCAUUCAGGUGCGCACCCCUCCCAACCUGGCAGACCUAGCGUCCUAUACCUCCCUCAAGUUCUACAUCACGUUGCCCGAAGCAGCGCGCUCACGCCGACAGGACGAUGGCGCCAAGCAGUUUGUCUUCUACCUCGGCAACAAAGAUUCCUCGAAGGACUUCCUGGGAAUGGCGCUGGAGGGGAAGAGGCUGCGCUGGUACUUCAACAUCGGAGGUGAAACGGCAGAUGUGUUGAUGUCUGAGGAGGUCCAGUCCAAUGGCAAUUUUAACAGUGUGGUCCUGGAGAGGAUCCUGCAGUAUGGUCAAAUGUCCAUGUCUUCGGAGGCUUCUGAAGGCGAGCAGAGGGUCACCAAAGCCUACGUGGAGGCGGGAGGAGAUCAAGGGCUUCUCAAUCUUUUGACCAGUGACACCGUCUUCUAUGUGGGGGGAUACCCCACUACUUUUAAGCCCCCUCCCCCGCUAGCUCUGCCCAGCUUUAGAGGCUGCAUGGAGUUGGACACUCUCAAUGAGGAAGUGCUCAGCUUGUAUAACUUUGAGGAAAUCUUCCAGGUGAACACCACGCAAGAGAAGCCAUGCGGCAGGUCCAAGCCAACGCUAACACAGGCCUGGGUGAACGACGCCGCUUAUUUCGACGGCACCGGCUUCGCCGAGAUCUCCUUCAGCGAUGAGUCAGCGCGCAUGCAGCGCUUCGAGCAGGAAGUCAAGCUGAUCUCCCACAAAGGGAUUUUGUUGCUGCUUCAAAACAAAGACCAGUUCCUGUGUCUGGCCGUGGUCCGAGGCCACUUGAAGGCUUUCUUCCAGUUAAGCGGUGAGAUGGAGGAGUUCCAGCCCAAGGAUCCCACUUCCCCGCUCCUGAGGGUCAGCGACGCCAGUCCCAAUGUGCUGGAGAUAAUCAUCCUACGAUCUCCGCCGUACCGAGUGGUAGUGAGGAGCAACCGCAUCCAACUCUUCACGCACGUUUUCUCUGAGAACAUCCCAGCCUUUGGACGCACAUAUUUUCUGGGAGGAGUCCCCGAACACAAUAUGCCAGACAGGUUGCGGCCCUUGUUUCCCGAGCAGGGCUCUCUAAAGGGAUGUUUCCGAAACGUCAAGGCCCAAAAUUCCCACAUCGACCUGAAGAGGAUGAAAAGCUCUGGAGUCAGUUUUGGAUGUGACAGUGACUUGCUGGUGGCUCGUGAGGCUCACUUCUCGGGUCAGAGCUACCUGGACCUGGCGCUGAGCAACGUUCCUGGACUCAGGAGCAACUUCUAUGCCAGCUUCAGCUUUAGGACAGAGUACAAGGACGGACUCAUGUUCUUCCAUCACGACAAGGACGGCAUUUGCCAGGUGUUCCUGAAUGAAGGUCACGUGGUGGUGAGAGCAGGCAACACCGAGGUGAAGACACAGAAGACGUACAACGACAACAACAGCCAUUACGUGGCCAUCUACAACAACAUCAACAGAGUGCGUGUUUAUAUGAAUGACGUGCUGGAGAAGUCCAAGGAGGGGCUCUGGCUGGACACCAGGGGCCAUGGUUUGGCCAGCUUGGAGGGGCGCACCUUCUUGGGGGGCACGCCCGAUCAGGGCCUACGCAACCUGACAGGAUGCAUCAGCAAUGUCUUCAUCAGGAGGGAGACCAGUCCUCAGAUGGUGGUGAAUCUGCUGAAGGUCAGAGAAAAUGUCAAUGUUCCUCUCAACUGUCCUGCCACCACAAAGCCUCAGCAGAUUGUGUCCGUGCCACCCAAACACAACAGCAAGCCCAAGGGAAAAAACAAGAAGCUGUCAGGGUCACGUAGUCGCAACACCAGGGAGUCGUGCCAGGACGUGCUGCUGGAGCAGGAAUUGGGAGCAGUGCAAUUUAGCGGCUCAGAGCUAAGCUACCAACGCUUCGACUCAGUUCCUGCUUCCCUGAGCAUCAAGCCUCACAUCUCACUUACCGUAAAGAUCAACUCAUCGGAAGGUUUGAUCCUCUACACGUCGGGCGGCGUCCUGUCGCUGGCCGUGUCGGAGGGUCAUUUGGUGCUGUCUCUGGGAAGGAAGAGGAAGGUUGGCCUGCGCAGCCGCGCCAAGAUGGACGACCAUCAAUGGCACACGGUGUUCAUUAAGCGUGACGCGGAUAAAGUCAGUAUGAUCGUGGAUGGGAUCAGCGCUCAGUCCAGGAAGAUUCCUGCAGGAGAGCGCACGCGUAUCAGUGCUCCGUUAUUUGUGGGAGGAAUGCCACAGCAAUCUCCAAUGUCUGACGCCCACUCUGGCUUUACUGGCUGUGUCCGUGACCUAACGCUGAACGAGAGCCCCGCGGGAAGUCCCUCCCACAGCCAAGGCGUGGUCCCUUGCUUCCAGAAGCCUGUGCAGCCCGGUGCCUUCUUCACAGGAGAGGGAGGACAUGUAGUUGUCGGUGAACUGCUAGUCCUGGGUGGCGACCUGGAGGUCAGACUGCAAGUGCGUCCGGUGUCCGACUCUGGGCUGUUGUUACAGGCUGGGACGAUGUCUGGCCAGCAUCUGACAUUGACGCUGCGCAGAGGAGAGGUGACGCUCUCUAUGAACAGCGGCAAAGGUGAUGUCUUCUUGUCGUUGGCACCAGAAGAGGCACUCUGCAACGGACGCUGGCACACCAUCGCAGUGGUGAAGAAGAAAAACGUCCUGCAGCUCCAUGUGGAUGCAGACAGUCAACGUGGUGCCGGACCCAAACGUGGCCGUUCAGCAGUGGCCAGAGAAGUGGUUUACCUCGGAGGAGUUCCUGAUGGCGGUACUGCAACACCAGGCCUGCCCGCCUUCCACGGCUGCAUCCGUCAUGUGACCGUCAAUGGUCGCCCCUCUCCAUUCAACAAAGCUCUGUCCGUUCGGGGCGAAGUGGGGACACACGGCUGCCCUAUUGAUUAGCACAAACACACGUGUUUAUGCAUUCUUAGGUUCACAUUCCAUGGGUGCAAAUGGUGGUGGGUGGCGUUUGACGAAUUAAUUUAUAUCUAUUAGAAUAUUUAUUGUCUGUUUUGUAUUUGAUAUCUCCAGGGUGCUCCAAAGUGUGCGUGCACUUGCAUUUACACUACAAUCACUUUCACCUGCACACUGAAAUGAUCUUAGCAUAUAUGAUAUCAAUGCAACGUAUCAUUGCAAUUCACAGAUACCUCGUACAUACUUGAUGUUCUUGUGAUAUCAUUGCCGUAUUCGACAGACUACAUCUCGACACUACUUUUAGCUGGAAUUGGGCAGGAUCACAUGAUGUGAGCAUGUGCGGUGCGUUAAACUUUCAUGUAUUCACUUUUGUUUCAUGUUAUGCUCUCCUAACCACGUUCACCUUUUGUUUUUGCAUGUACUUUGGAAUUAAAUUUGUA